AUGCCCAACAUUCACCGCCCAAUACAUGCCAAAGAAAGAAAAAUACUUUUCAGCUCACUGGAAAGAAUUGAGGAUUUCUUGAGCAUCCGACUUGCUGUCUACGACUGGCUGUUACGGCCAACACCCUCGAAAUUGUCGGCCAGAAGCUUAUUGGCAAAGCGCAACGUCUCCACUCUCCAGGUGCUGCUCAAUGGAUUGGCGAGGGUGUCGAACGCCGAAGGUCAUUGCCUGUUGACGAGUGGCGAUGGCACAGUUGGCCACUGCGACAAGCGUUUUGGUGGAUGCAAACUCUUUCAUACUCCGUACAAGUAUAAUUACACCCACCCUAGCGCACUGCUUCCUAGGGAACCAGUCAUGCAUUAUUCCACAUGGGUUUUCGCGAGCAGACCCUUCCAACUGGCGAACGAGGGGGAUGCUGCGGAUCCCAUUUGUUCUGUAUUCCCUGUGACCAUCCAUCGUUCCUCGUCUCGAGGCGACUACAUCGACAGCACAUUCCUCUUCUUCCAACUGUCGACGUCGGACCCGUCACCCCAGCACAUCCCAACGAUAGGCCAUCUGUGGACUGAACCAGUGUCAGGGAAUCCCCCAGGCAAAGUCGAUCCGGCACGCAUAUCAGUUAACAACCACCUUUCCCGCCAAUUAACCCUCGGUCGUAGACGUGCGUCCGACGAAGCAUCGUCCAGCUGA